GGGCGCGAUGGCGGCCGAGCUGCGGGAGGCGCUGGAGCGGCGGCUGCGGGACCUGGGCAUCGCCACCGUCACCGCCGAGCACCCCCAGGUGUUCACUGUUGAGGAAAUGAUGCCCCACGUGCAACACAUGAAAGGAGCUCACAGUAAAAACCUGUUUCUUAAAGACAAAAAGAAGAAAGGGUUCUGGCUGGUGACAGUCCUGCACGACAGGCAGGUCAGUUUGAACGAACUUGGUAAAAAACUGGGCGUUGGAAGCGGAAACCUCAGAUUUGCUGACGAGAACGCCAUGCUGGAAAAGCUGCGAGUGGGUCAGGGCUGUGCCACGCCGCUCGCCCUCUUCUGUGACCAGGGAGAUGUGAGGCUGGUGCUGGACGCUGCCCUGCUCCAAGGGGGCCAUGAAAAGGUGUAUUUCCAUCCAAUGACAAAUUCUGCAACCAUGGGCUUAAGCCCCGACGACUUCCUGAAGUUUGUGAGAUCAACAGGCCAUGAGCCCAUCAUCGUACACUUUGAUGAAGACAUUAAGUAGAGGAAGUUCAUUUUUCUACUACUACUCAGAUUUUUGUAGAGCAAAACUGGUGAAAAAUCUCAUUACAAAUAAAACUUGAAAAAAAUGG